AUGGACGAGAAAACUCCGAUCCCCGGCAGACAGAAACGGCAGCGGCCUAUGUCCCAUGAUGGGGACCGACCUGGCCUGUCGCAGCGCAAGAGGAUUCAGGAGAGCACGCCUGGUCCCCUGCUGUGCACAUCAUGUACACUCAUGUUCUCCCACCAGGGCUUGGAACAUCUCAACUCACCGAGCGGCUUCCGCCACUGGACCCGCGCCGAGUGCACAGCUUCCGGAAAUGAAGGCUGCGGAUUCCCUAUUGGAGAUAUUGUCCGCCGAAGGCCUCUCCGCAGAGAUGUGCGAAGUAGCAACGUGUUUGCGGCAGCACAAUCCCUCAUAAAAGAGUGUAUGAGUCCCGAGAAGCCUCACAAACAAUGCUGGUACUCGCGAGACACUGUGCUUCCGACUCGCGUUCUCGACGUCGGCAAGCCUGGGGACCCUCAUCCAACAAUUCAGCUCAAGGUUAACGACACGGAAACAAACGCACCAUAUCUCGCUCUGAGCUACUGCUGGGGGAAGCAACCCAAGCCCACGGCGCCAGUCCAGCCGCUUCUACUGCGGAGAGAUAAUCUUGAGGAUUUUGUGAGUGAAAUCAAGCUCGAGAGUCUCCAGCAGUCCAUACAGGACGCUAUCUUCGUCACUCGCAAGAUCGGUUUUCGCUAUCUUUGGGUUGAUGCGCUGUGCAUCAUCCAAGAUUGCAAGAUCGACAAAGGCAGGGAAAUUUCCCAGAUGGCGUCCAUUUACAAGAAUGCUGCCAUAACCAUUGCGGCGUCUUGUUCUGAGAGCGCCAUGGAUGGGUUUCUUUCCAAGAGCAUCAGACCUUACCGACCAAACUACGAGCUCCCCGUUCUUAUGUCCAAUGGGCAGAGAGAUACUGUGUAUCUUUCGGCGGAAGCAUACGAGCCCGAGCACCCUCUAGACAAGAGAGGCUGGACGCUGCAGGAAUUCAUGCUGUCAUCAAGAAUGCUCAUAUUUUCCGACUACGAGCUUCUCUGGCAAUGUAAAGAAGUGGAUCUCCGGGGCGUUACCGGCACAGGACUCGAAUAUCUACAACCCUUGGAGGCUCUACCGUGGACGGUCUUUGACGAUGACGCGGAGCCUGCGUUUGGGAAUCUUGACUCGGACAAGCUCUACCUCUGGAAAACCAUUGUCCAACAGUACACGGAACGCACACUGACAGUCCCAGACGAUCGACUUCCGGCAAUCCAAGGGAUCACGAACGAGCUCGAGGUACUCUGGCGCGACACGAACGUCUACGGGCUCUGGAGGAAAUGGUUCAUACAACUCCUGACGUGGUACAAACCACAGGUUGACAGAGAGCGGAAGCGGUGCCUCGGGCGGGCGCCCAGCUGGUCAUGGGCGUCUCUCGACGGCGUGAUCCGCUACGAGGGGACCCUCUCGACUGAAGAUGCCAAAGUCAAGUUGCUGACGGUAUCAACUGCAGAGCUGGAUUGCCGAAUGCUGGAGGAGGACGAGGUAAAUUAUGAGAAGAUUCAUACCAUCUUGGAGCGGCCAGACCUGGUGGAUCCAAGUGCUGAACUCCAACAAAAGGGGUUUCAACAAAGAGCGGCGGAGUAUCUGCUUUUAGGUACCGUUAACGAAGAAAAUGGCGUCGAGAGAGGUAUCGGUUUGCUUGUAGUGGAUGUGGGUACAAGGGUUUACCGGAGAGUCGGGUUGGCCAUCUUUAUGGAUAUGACACUGUGGACUGAUGCGAAGCGACGGGGUGUUACGUUGGAGCCAAAGCUCAGUGGAUAG